UAUAGUAGUUUUUACAGUAUUUGUGGGAAAAUAUUAACUAUACAUAACAUAUUUUGUAUAGAAUAUGAAUUAUAUAAUAUAAAUAAUAGAACACCUGUUCGAGAAAUGUAACCUCUUAGCGUUUCGAUAAACCCUGCUAUCGGACUUAUCCGUACUUUGGGAGUUAAAAUAAUACUAUGAUUUUUUUGAAAGUAUAUUUAUUAAAAAGUUUAUAAGAUCGCUAACUUUUUGUAAACAAUAUAAAACAUGGAAGUUGAUGCAGGAGCACAAUUGAUAGCAGAGGACAGUGAUCAGGAAGAGGAAGAACUAACUGCUCAAAGUGUUUUAUUAGCGAUAGAGGAAGCUUGGCUAAACGAAAAAUUCGCUCCUGAGAUUUUACCACACCGGUCUGAUUUGAUUGAGUGCAUGCUGCAGCAAAUCACACAUAUGGAAGAAAACAUGAAGAGGUUAGACAAAGGAGAUCUAAGAUUAAUGAUACAUAGAAUGGAAUUAGAUAGGAUUAAGUAUGUGAUAAGUAAUUAUCUCAGGGCUCGAUUAGAGAAAAUUGAGAAAUAUACCAUUUACAUACUUUCUCAAGAAGCUAACAGAUCUUCUGAGGAUUGUUACUUAUCAGUUGCAGAACUACAAUUUGCGAAAGAGUUUCUUGCAAGCAUCGAAACACUUUUUAAAACAGUUGCUUUGCAACAUAUGCCUGGAAAUUUUCAGACAUUUGAAGUUGAUACAUUAGCUGUAAAACCUAACAUGCAAGCAUAUGUAUUUUUAAGGGCUAAUGAUAGAAUUAAUGGAAUCUUACUUCCUGGUUCAAUGGACGAAGAAAUAGAUCUUGAACCAGGCUCCCAACAUAUUAUACAAUAUAGUGCUAUAGCUGAUUUAGUUAAAACUGGCGCUGUUAAAUUAAUCUAAUAUCUUAUACAAUUUAAUAGUGUGAAUAAAGAAAUCUAAUACUUUUUAUAGUCAUUGUAUAAUGAAGUCUUAUUAUUUACAUUAUACAAAAUUAAUAUAUUAGAAUAGAUCUGUGUAAUUAAUCUGUUACAAAAAAUUAUAGAAAAAGUUUGGGACAAUAUGUGUGUGUAUAUAUAUAUAUACACACACAUUUGUGUACAUAUAUUUUAUUAAAAAGUAAUUGUACAUUGAAUUUACAUAUAAUUUCAUAUUGUAAUCUUUUUCAACAUAUAUAAAAUAUAUUUUGCAUUAUAAAAUAUCUAAACAAUAUCAAAAAUACUAUUAUAUAUGAAGUACAAUGCUUUGCAGAUGCAAACUUAUGCUCCUUAUGCAAAUUUACUUGUGAACAUUUUCACUGUGUAUGGACAAUAUUUUUACAUUAAACAAAGUUUACAAAAUUAUAGCUGGAGUAUUUUAAAGAAGUUUUGAUUGUAAGAAGUGUCAUUAUACAUUAAAUAUAAAAUAAAUAAUUAUGUAAGUAGGAACAAUAUUAGUAUUUACCAAAAUUCUAAUUAAAAUUCUAAUUAUCUUUCACUGUUUCACCAUUAUGGAUUUGUGGUGGUGACUGCAAUUCUACAUUGGUGCAGACACUGUUAUAAGCCUAAAAUUUGAUAAAAAUUUAUACAAAUUACAACAAAUUGUUAUAAACAGAUAUUAUAAACAAGAGAAUGUGUAAUAUAAAUAUACCUCUUCUGCAAUUUU